AUAUUUGAGAUGGUCACAAUUUUUCAGACACUCCAAAGUUUGCUGCUUUGAUACUAAAAUAUAUCUAUUUAGAUUGACGUUAAUUUCUUUUUUUAAAUGUUGAUCUGAAAGAAAUCAAAAGGAUGUGUAUUUAUUCUGACAUUGCAUUCUGUUCUCUAUACUACUCUCAGACCCAUUUCAGUUUUGCUGUACGAUUCUUGUUCGUAGCCAGUUUCUAAAACAAUAAAGACAUUAGAUCAUCUGAAUUGAUUUCCACCUGCUGGUGUUUUUGACAUGUACUACCAAGUGCAAGUUGGAAUUCGAGGCACAUUGUUGGUUUAUAUUUUCUCAUCAUUUUGAUAUGGUGUUAAUAUUUCAAAGAAGUUGGAAGAUUAGAUCAUACUAGGCUAAAUUAAUCUGUAUCACUUUCACAUAUUUUCUUUUUAUCCACUCAACGGCCUACUCUCCUUCUUCCCUCCAAAGCUUGAAUUCGCAGCCCACCUGAUCAUCUCCAUAACAGACUACCCUUCCCCAAAUUAUCUCCUGUUUAACAUUGCCAUUAUACCUGAUUGUUUUCAAAGAUAAUCCCAGGCCAUUGAUUUAUAAUUACAUUCAGAUUUCCAACCUGAUUGGCUUCACAAUGGGACUUUCUUCCUCUUUUCCUAUUUGCAUCCAUCCUAAGACUCUCUUAACUGUGAUUUUCUCUCAGCACCAUUUCAUCCCCAUUCUGGUGUCCAGCAUUAUUUUCAUUAUUUCCACCUUUGAGCAAUGGGGCACCAUCAUGAAGGAAAGUCAGUAUUUUGAAGUUGGUUGUAAUUCGUAAAGUAAAAAUAUAAUACGUGUAGGAAAAUGCUGUUUGACCUUUCAGGCCCGGUCUUUCAUUUUUCAAGAUCCUGGCUAAUUUUCUGGCCCAGUGACCGACCAAGGAGCCCAUCUACAUUAGUCCCACCUGCCCAUGUGUGGCUCAGUUCCCUAUAAAUUGUUCCUGUCCAUGUCCAAAUGUUCAUAUAGCCUAUGGAGGCUUAAAUAUUAAUGCUUAAUACUAUAUAUUAGAAAAUUGGUUCAACAUAUAUGCAGUUGCCAUAGGAGGUCUGUCAUUGAUAGGUUUUGUAAAAGACAAUAUAUGCAAAUAUGUUAUUGCAUAAUUGUGCAAGAGGAAGCUCAGAAGCCCAAUUGGACUUUUUCUUUACCGGUCAUCCCCACUUUUCAAACACCUGAGUUACAUAUGAAUAACCUGAAACAUUGAUUCUUGGUUCUCUAUCCACUGAUGCUGCCUGGCCUGCUGAGUAAAGCUAUCAAAAUCCAAUCUUAUUUCACGUGGCAUGUACUUUAUUUUGUGUCCAUGAGGGUUUAUAGAAUGUUGCUGACUUCGAUGCUUGCAUUUAGUCACUGGAGCUUAAUGGUACUCACUAUAACUGUAAAGCAAAAAAAAAAUUGCGUAUGCUAAAAUAAAAAUAGAAAUGUUGGAUAGACUCAUAAGGUCAGGGAGCAUCUGUGAACAUAGAAAAAUAAUUAACAUGUCAGGUCGAUGACCAUUCAUGGGAAACUAACCUAUGUUUUGGGGCAGCUGUAUAUCCUUAUCAGAGGGUUGGACCAAACCAUACAGGUGUUUUGACAGUAGCAGUCUUCUUUGCUCUUUUCUGUAAAUGUCCCUCAAAUCAGUCUGAAGAAGGGUCUCGACCCAAAGCGUCACCUAUUCCUUCUCUCCAGAGAUGUUGCCUGUCCCGCUGAGUUACUCCAGCAUUUUGUGUCUAUUUUAGAGUUGACUGUUGGAAUUACCCCAUUUGACAUUGGUAAGUUUUAGACUGUAACACUUUUUUGCUACGGUCCGUAUGGGUCUCGGUGGAAUCAUACAAGACAAUAAAUAUUGGAGCAGGAGUCGGCCACCCGGCUGGCUCGUCGAGCCGACCGCCGCCAUUCAAUACGAUCACGGCCGCUCUGCCCCAGGCCUCAACUCUUCUGUGCCAGUCCACGAUGGGGUCUAGUUUUAAUGUUCUGUUACACUGUACGUGUGUGUAUAAUGAUGCACACUUUGCCUGCCUGCAGCAGGAGGUCGAGUCGUGGCCGCAAGGCCUGGCGCUGCACUUGGGUUUCCAAGGAGACCGCGUCUCGGCUCACCAUGGGAACCAGUAUUCGGCCCCGGCGUUGCCUGGCGACGGGGUCUAGGCCUAGGGGCAGCAGAGUAAGGUUUUACUGGGUAUCUGUAAUUAAUAUGAACGCGGGCGGAGAGAGAAUGAGCGGUGACUCGGGAAGGAGGAAGGAGAAGGAAGGGGACGACAACGACGCGGGAGAGUCGAGGAAAGGCGCACUGCAGCCCAGGAUGUCAGUGGCCUACAGCCCGCGGCUUCCGAAAAUGCGCAAAAACACGAGCGGGCGUUCGACAACAUUACUGCAAGGCUCUGAUUUAUUACUAUCAGAUAUUCUACCGCAAGCUAUAUACCAAACUCUGAAAGAGGUUUCACUAACUAAUAAAGUACGUACACAAGCCGGCAUAACUAAUCGAUGUCAGGCAAAAGAGGAUUUGGGUUCUGAUUUGUUAGGAAGAGCACAGGAGACAAAAGCAGUUCAAAUGUGCUUCAAUGAGACAUUACAAAGAAUAUUGACAGCUGAUUUUCCUACGAUCCCAUGGACUGCAGAAAAUGAUAUAUGUACAUCUGCAACUCAGGAUUCUAGCUGUAUGCCCUAUCUGCCAAAGUGUUAUCCUGUCUCGAAAGCUAGACAUUCAAAUGAACCAGUUUAUAAUAAAAGGAGCACAGCUGAAGCCAUUAAACCCAGUGAAAUCUCUUGUAGCUAUUCAAGAAAGCUGAGAGAUGGCCUAACUCCAGAUGUGGUACUGGAAAGUAUGGAUACUUUAUGGGAGCUACACAGUCAUUUUCUUUCAAAAUCAGAACGUUUGCAAGAGUUAAUGAAUACUUCAGAUCAGUCAGAGUAUUGCAGGAACAAAUCACCAGAGCCAGCAGACAUUUGCCAAGCAGCAGGCUUGUAUCACUGUGGUAGGAAAGAUACUUGUGAAUCCAAGUGUGACAAGUUAAUGAAGUGUAAUCUGUGCAGUAUACAUAAUAAGGAGAACCGCUGGGCCACAACUCAAAUAAAAAGUCUGAAGAGAAUGAUCAGUUUGAAGCUUGAUGUGAAAGACCCACAUGUUACCAAAGAAGGUUUUUCUAUAGCACUAGGAAACCUAUAUAAUGAUAAGCCAGAAGUGGAAGCAGAACAUAUUUUGGGAGUCUUUGCAGCUGCAGGAGUUCUGAAAUUCAGAACAUUAUUUAAAAAGUGUGCAAUUGUUAUGCUAGAAAACAUAAAUACCGCCACAGUUUGUCACUUCCAUCAAGCUGCUAUGAAGUAUAACCAAGACAGGCUGAAACGAGCCUGUGAGAGAUGGCUUGAAUUAAAUCUUAUAGUGCAUCUACGAUAUGAGGUCACUCUGCGAGAUUUGAAUAUGGAGGUCCUGCGAAACAUUUUAUUAUCACCAAGAUUGUUUACAUUUACUGAAUACCACGUAUUGCAGAUCAUCCUCUCCUGGAUAUUUCUUCAGGUGAACACUGAGAUACGGUUAAUGCCACCGUACAGUACAAUCGUAGCCUAUUUUAUCAGUUUGCAAAACAUGGUCGUCUAUCUGGAAAAGGAGAUUCGUCAAAAGUAUUUUGGAUUGUUUCAGACUGUCCGUCUACAUGGAAUAACUGAAACUCAACAGAUUGAGGAGCUACAGAAGACUCAUUUGUUACCCCAAACCAUCUUGUUGCAAGUUGUCACACACAACUAUUAUGCACUACAACACGGUGGAGACAUGCCACGUGCAAAAUACUUUCCCUCUGAAGCAAUCCGAUUUGGUUUCAUGUUGACAGAGGAACCACGGUACUGGUCAGAAAUUAUUUCCUACUGUGGAUUUUAUUUUGAACUCAAAGCUAUUCAAGAGAAAAAGGGUCCCAGUUACAGUUUCUUCAUGCAGAGAUUAAAUCACGCAGACACAAAUUUACCUUAUGGAAUUACUGAACGCAAGGCUUUCAGCUUGAGACAGGAACGUGAAUUGAAAUAUGAGAUCAUGGUACAGACAAAGAUAGAUGAAGAAUGGCAAGUCUUUACCACUGGUUACUCACGUCAGAAAUUUGGUAUUACCAAAAAGUCCUGCCAAAGUGAGGUUCUGUUGGUGUCUGGGCUGACAAUGCCUGUUUAUGUGACAUUUGCUCUUCUUUUUCCUGUAUCUUGAAGAAAACGAGUAAAGCAAUUAGAAAAACAACUUUGGACAACAAUGCUCAAAUCAUGACUAUUUGAUCUUGCCAUUUAUUUUUCAAUGGGUGGGUGGGGG